GUUACAACUAAAGCAUGACGCAGCAACGUGUUAGACCAAUCAACAAUUUGUAGUAGAGCUGUACGUGAACACGCUGUUGGUCGUGAGCGGUGGAUCCACCGGCGAUUUCAGGGGCCGCCAAAAUGUAAAUUGCUUUAAUUUAUUUUUUUAAAUUCUUCCUUAAUAAUUGCCUAGGUAAUUUAAAAUUUUAAUGAAUAAUAAUGCUUUUCUAAAUUUGAUCUAACAAGUAAUGGAAAACGCAAUAAGUUUGUAUUCCUCCACGUGCACAUAUUUAUUUUUAAUUCCCUCCACUCCAGAAAACUAGUGUAUACUUGGUUUAGUGAAAAAUUUGUGUGGAAAAUUUAUCUGAAAUUAUAUACGAUGUAUCGUCAGGCCAUUCUGCAAAUUCUCCCUAAAUGGCAUUUUUGGAACAACAGAGUAUGUUUUUCUCAUGUGCGACUUAAGGAUAACUUUCAGAAGACCUUAGAAGUUAUCAAGGAAAGCCACAGAGCCCAUAAAUUCUGUGGUAUUCUCAUAAACGCUAAAGAAGUCACUCAAGAAUCUGAUUGUAUCUCUCUUCACCCUCCCGUAGAAAUUACCCUGAACAAAGAUGAGUUAGAAGCUCAUUCAAUUAUCUGUGAGCUAAAAGAAAUCAUUCAUAAAGAUAAGCCUGAAUAUAUUCUAAUUGAUACGAUCUUAAAAGCACUUAGAAAUAACUCUAAUGAGACACGUCAGCAGCUUAUUUCACUUCUCUUUAGUAUUGAUAUGGUUAAUUUCUUGAAUCCCAAGAGCCAGAGUUCAAAAGAAUACUUAAAAUCUUUUAUAAGUGAUGUUGAAUGCUUUUUUAGAAUUGCAAAUACGCUAAUUCCUGAUGAGUUUUUAGAUACCCAAGGAGCUUUAAAAAUGGUUGAAGCUAGAUUAUUUGAUCAUUUAGAGCAAAAUAUGUUAAAUGAUGGAUGUCUGUCUUCAAUCUCUUAUCUGUAUUCAAUAGUGCCCCAUGUAAUUUUUGAGGAAGGUAAUCACUCUAAUGAUCAUAAUAGAGAAAUGGAAGCUUUAAUGUCUGAUGCUGUUUCACUAAUUUCAACUAGGUUGUUACUACUGAACUGUGCCUCAAAAUCUAUUAUAGAGAAAUGUUUAUUGGCACGAAGAUUUUCACUUGCUAUUGACAGAGAUAAUUCUGAUUGUGAAGAGUUUUAUUUGCAGCAGUUUAGAGAUUGCUACUAUUUUUUGGACAAGGUGCCUUUUUAUUAUAUGUCAAGAAAAGAGAGACUCCUGCAGUACUUGAAAGACACUAAGAGUAGUAACAAUGCCUGGGAGUUUUGUGAAUUGCUUAGCUCUAUAAAUAAACUUAAUUCUGAUAUUGAUACGAAUAAAAAAUCUUUAAAUAGUGAUUUAAUUAUGAAUCGUCUUAAAGACAUAAUUCAUACUGAAAAGCCUGAAUAUAACAUAAAUAAAUUUAUCCUGAUGUCCCUAGAGAAUAGAACUCAUGACUUAAAAGAAGUAAGUCAGUUUAUAUCUCGAUUUCUUUUGGAUAUUGAUAACUUUGACUGUGGAAAACAGAAUUCAGAAGAAUAUUUAAUGCAUUUCAUACAAGAAUUAGAACGUCUUAUUAAUUUGCAUGGUUAUAGUAUUGCUAAUUUUUAUGGUUAUAAUAUGCAUGACAGAAAAAAUUUCAAUGCUUUAGAAAAAAUUUCUACUACUUUAAUGUAUAUUACAAGGAGCUGUACAGCAGACCUUCUAAGAGCAUUAUGCCAUAAAUACCAAUUGCAUUUCUUCGACGAAGAGAAGAAAAAAAUUGGAUUUUUGAUGGUAGAUGCUAUUACACCUAUUGAAAAAUUUGGGUGUAGAACCAGUGGUAUUCAAGGGCACGGUAAGAUAAAAAGUUUUUUGUUGUUACGAAGAUCCUCCCUUCAGUAUUUCAGAGAUUUUUUUGAUUCAUUUCCUGUUGAUGAAACUCCAUUAAAACGUUUUGAUAUGAACAGGAUAGAUUUGUGCAUCGAGAAAUUAGAUAGGGAUAUUGAUAAUAUGUGUAAAGAUGCUGAAUUUUGGGCUUAUCUGGAAGAUGAGGAUGAUGAGGGUUAUAUCACUGAUUACGGGGAACACGAUGACCUCGAGGAGUAUGGCGCAUCUACAAUGCCUGAAUCACAUGUGUGGUGGGCUAAGUGUUCUCAAACCCUAAAUCGUUUAAGGAUAAAUAAAUUUCUUUAUCAACUUUGUUAUUUCUCUUGAGCUGUAAUACGACAUUCUAAUAAAAAGAAAUUUCUGUAUGUAACAGUA